AUGAAAAAUGAUCAAGUGAAAGGUAUUUUGGUUAAAGAUAUCGGAGGUGUCUUAUUUAAUCCUAAGGAAAGUAAACACACAAUUUCAUUCACUGGUAAUAUGAAAUAUGUAUCAUAUAUUGUGUUAAAUGUGUCUGAUAACAAGAAGAAUGUUGAUUUACCAAUAGAUGAAGUAAUACGUGAUCAAUGGAUGCAUGUUUACAAAUGUCAAACAGCAUGUUCAUGCAAUCAAGUUAACAUUCAAUUUCCUAAUAUCUAUCGUAUUGUUUCGACUUCAUUUGAUGAAUUAAUCAAUGUUAUGUCACAUCCAACAUUUGAUAUUAAUAAUAUGGAUGCACAAGUUUAUCUUGGUGCUGAUUGUAGUUAUUUUGAAGAUCUUCCAAAAUUUACAACUGAAAAUCAAUUAAAACAAGCCAUAGGUUGUAAAGCAACAAUAAUUAAAUAUUAUGAAGAAAAUUUAAUUCUUGAAAUAUCGGAUAAAAACGUUUUUGAUAAAUGUUUAAAUAUUGGAGCAAUGAGUAUUGAAAAUAAAAAACCAUUAUUUAUUGAUUUAUAUACGACUCGAAAUAAUCCACCAAUGUCUGAUAUUGAUAAUGAUACUUGGUAUGAAAAUGAAAUGAUUCAUUAUAAAGCAGAUAUUAUGCAAUUUGUGGUUAAACCUGAUCAUCAAAUAUUUCGUUUUAAAUGGAAUUCAGAUAUAUGGCUUCAACAAUUUCACCGUACAAUCUUACCGAAUACUACAGCAAACAAUAUAGGUAAUUUGCAAGAUCAUCAAGGAAUAUCAGCCGAUCAAAUGCGACAAUUACUUCGAAUGACUGUCAUGCUCAAUACGAUCGGAGCGAUACAGAACAAAAGUUGUAUCGUUGAUAAUCAACAAGUACAAUUAAAUUUAGAUCCGAAUCUCAGAACAAUUCUCUACAAACAUGAAUCCAAAUUGAAAUAUGGUGGACCAAUACCGUUAACAACAAUUCCUUAUGAACAAACUGAUGCUCAAGUUUUAAAUGAAGACUGUGCUCAAGUCUAUAAAAACUCUACUCAAAAAUAUAAAAAUCUCACUAAUAACAAUAAUAAUUAA